UUGUGUUUUUCAAAGUAUAUCAAAAGUCGUUUAAGUGUUUCUUGAUAGAAAUUUUCGUCGAGCGUUUAGAUUGAAAUUAAAAUUAAACUUUCUACCUUAAGUAGAUAGUGUUGCAAGUGUAAAUUUUCUAAAAUGAAUGAAACAUUUACUGAGGGCGAGUCCAACGUAUUGCAAUGGCCGGACUAUCUUGUGAUCAGCGUAAUCAUGUCGAUCUCUAUCAUCAUUGGAAUCUACUAUCGGUUCAGCGGCGGUCGACAAAGUACAGCCGCGGAGUACUUUUCCGCGGACAACUCGAUGGGCGUCAUACCGCUAUCAAUCGCGAUGAUGGCCUGCCAGAUAUCGGCAAUCAGCAUGCUUGGAAUGAGCGGGGAAACUUACAUCCAUGGCAUGAUCCUUGUAUUAUUUUACUGCGGCGGCAUUUUCACCGUGCCAAUCAUUGCCUUUUGCUAUCUACCAGUCUUUUUCGAGUUGAAGGUCGUGAGCAUUUAUGAGUAUCUGGAAAAGCGAUUUGGAUUGUAUACGCGACUGCUUGUAAGCGGGGCUAACUUUACUGAGACGAUGCUACUAACUGGUGUGAUGCUUUACGCUCCUUCAUUAGCUCUCGAGGCUACCACGGGCUUGUCCAGCACUGCGAGCAUUUUGGUACUCGGCGUAGUUUGUACGUUUUACUCCACAAUCGGUGGAAUAAAGGCGGUCUUGAUCACCGAUAUUUUUCAAGGCUUGCUCAUGCUCUUUGCUCUCAGCGUUAUCAUUUUCAUCAUUGUUUUAAAUACCGAUGAUGGAUUCAGUGGCGUUUUGCAAAUCGCACAAGAGGGGAACCGUUUCGAUUUUUCUCAGAUAAGUUUGGAUCCAACCGUGCAAUAUACGUGGUGGAGUCUCUUAAUCGGCGGAGGAACAAUAGGUUUAGCGUAUCUUGCUGUGAAUCAAGUGCAAGUUCAACGUUUAAUGACCGUUAAAGACACAAAAACAGCCAUAAACGCUUUACUACUCUGUGGUCCUUUGAUCAUACUGGUUGGUGUUCUAACGUGCUUCACCGGAGUAACGUUUUACGUGGUCUACAAAGACUGCGAUCCCGUGAUUUCCGGAAAGAUCGAGACCUACGACAAGUUGCUGCCGUUUUACAGUACCGAGAGAUUGCCAACGGGAUUGGUCGGGUUCGUCGUUUCCGGCAUUUUUAGCGCUAGCUUGAGCACGAUCUCUGCUAUGAUGAACUCGCUCGCCGCGGUAGCCUUCGAGGAUUACGUAAAACCGCUCCAUCGAAAAUUUGGAAUAGAAUUUACUGAGAAGAGGGCUACGUUUACUGCCAAGGCUCUUACCGUUUUUAACGGUAUUCUUUGCUUGUUAUUAGCACUGCUAUCGAGUGUGAUGGGUCGUACGUUGAUCGCCAUCGCUUUUAGCAUUCACGGAGCGAUCGGUGGACCGAUUCUGGGUAUUUUUACUCUCGGAAUGUUCACUGAGGGUGCUAACGAAACGGGGACCAUUAUUGGCAUGAUCACGGCGUUGACCGUCUGCUUGUGGGCUGCUUUCGGGACGCCGAAGCCACACGUUCCGGAAUUGCCGGUAUCUGUCGAAGGUUGCGCAAAUUCCACAGCACUGAUGCUUGAACAACAGAUGCAAUUCAACAGCACUGUACAACUGGAUGAAUCGUCAUAUUUUUAUUUGUAUCGAAUCUCCUAUUUGUGGUAUAAUCUCAUGGGACUGAUCAUUACUUUAGUGAUAGGAUAUACGACGAGUUUUAUAGUACGACGUAUUCAACGCAAAAAUAUCAUUGAACACGAUCCAAGUUUGUUUGUGCCAUUUUUGGCCAGAAGGAUUAGACGACGACGCCAAGACGCACAAAAAACUGCGAACAGUCAGCUCUUUGUCUUAGAGCCUGUUAGAUGAUACUCAUAUAAUUAAAUAAUUCACAAUUAUUUGAGAACAGGCAUGUGUAACUUAUUCAAGUUGAGCGAUUAAAUUGACUUAAUGUUAAUCUAAUGUAAUGAUACUAUUAAAAUAAUCAAUUGACUGCAGAUA